CCCGUCAUGCCGCGCGGUGGGAUUCCACCAUCACCAAACAAGUUCAAACAUCCAAGUUGCCGCUGGCAACAUCAAAAUAUGUCAUUUUUCUGUCAUUUAUGAUCUUUGAGACGUCAUAAUACGCGUCACAGGAGGACGCUGAUAUCUUGACGGGAUUGUAAUCCUCUUGAGUGCUAGGUUCUUUGAAAGUCCUGCACGAUGGCGCAGGUUGCUGCACCCAGGACCAGUUUGGGUUCAACUCGCAAGUCUACACUCAAGGAUGAGCUGGACCAGGCUCUGCAGAGCAGACGGCGGCGGGGACUGACCACGGGGAUGACCACUUCAGAGGACAGUGACAGCAGUGCAGAUGAUGGACUGGGCAGUGAUGAUGACUUUCUGUCCCAGUUCACUUCCACCUUCAAACCAACUGCACCGGCUCGCAGAAGAGACCAGUCCGACAACAAGUGGCAGCCUCCCACCCAGAAACCGUCGGGAAAAUCAACUCCGACCUUCGACUUAAAGGGUCGGCACACCCCGACAAGGGACCUUAAGGACCGCAAAGACAAAGAUGAGGAUGGUCGAAAAUCCUCCACUCCCAGAGAUUCACCUUUUGAAGGGAAAUAUCUGAAGAAGAAGGAGUCAACAAAUAGGGAGGAUCUUGGAAGGCGUUCUGCUGACAAGGACUUUUUGAGGAAGAGUCCUGCUGGGGAUGACUAUCAGAGCAACGGUGAGCGUGGGAGGAAAAGUCCAUUUAGGGAGUCACCAUUUCAGAGAGAGCUUCGUUCAAAAAGCCCGGGCAGGGUGUCACCCCAAAGGGACAACCGUGAGGUAAAAACUCCCACAAGAAAAUCUCCAAGGGAUAAAUCUCCGUUUGAAGAGAAAGAUCGAAGAAAGAGCCCAGGUAGGGAUUCUCCUGUUGACGUUCUGACCUACAGAAAAAGUCCCUCUGUUGAAGACAGAGUAAAUCGAAGGAAGAGUCCAGCCAGGGAUUCUACAAUUGAGGAAGAACAACGUUCCCCGCGUAGCUCCCCAUACCAGAGGAGGCGUGAUUCGAAGAAUGCCAGAGGAGACUCGACUCUUGAGGAGUCAAAGAGGCUUUCAGAAAGGGCAUCACCAUCGCAAAGAGCAAGGGAUAAGAAGAAGUCCUUUAACAUUGACGAUUCCGAUGAUGACAUGAGCGAAAAAACUCCUAAGAAGAAGGAAGCAUCUUUUCUGGAUUUCUUAGAAGAGCAACCGUCGCCCAGACCUAGGAAAGAGAGAGCCAAGAAGGGAGAGGAAGGAGUCCUCAGGCCUAAACCGAAGCCUAGAAGUCGCACCGUUAGCGAGAACUCUCAGGAAGGGUUCCACGAGCCGCCUUCACGAAGAACGCCCCUGCGUAGAUCUCCAACCAAAGAGCAGGACCAGGAUUUGAGACCGACCCCUUCCCCGCGUGCUGCCGACCGUAGGAGACAGUUCAGGGACAGCCGAGGGACCGUUGCGGAGGAUUCCGACAAAAGGACAAAAUCGCAGAAAUCGGAAGAAGAGCCAUCCAAGUCACGAGAGGCAUCGCCCAGCUGGAAACGCCAGUCUGGACAAAAGUCUCCCUCUCUGCAAAAGGAGCGAUCCCGGCAAAACUCCCCGCGAAGAAAGAUGGAUUCAUCCGAAGAGGAGCUCGAUCAGCUUCUAAAGCACACUAAGGAUAAACGCAGGCAACGGGCGAAAGAUUUGCUAGACAACUCCGACUCAGAUAGCAUACCAGACAUCGAUGUUACCAUCAAACAGAAAAAGAACCAAGGCAAGAAGUCGGCAACUCUUCCAACACCCCCGCCAAGGAAGUCCCCGUUUAGGUCCACAUCUCAGGAGAAAACCAAGCCAGAGAAAGAGGAGAAGGAAAGAGAAAGGUACAGAGAAGAUUCAGAUGAAGAAGAAACAGCCAGUCUGGACCAACCAGAUGGUACUCCUCCCAAACAGAGGCUCCAUAAGGAGAUAGCAGAUGCAGUCCUGGCAGAUGUUGCAGAUUCCAACAGGCCGCCACGACCAAAAAGGGAUAAAGAGGAGAGAGAGGAUGAGACUAGAAACACCAUGCAGUACAUUCAGCCAGACAGUACCAGUCACACUCACAGGCCCCAGAGCGCAGGCAGUGACAGAAGAGAAGCCAGCCCCACAGUCAAGCCCGUCCCCAAGAGGCCAAUGUCCGCCGGGUCGUUGACCCGCAAACCCUCCGGACCACCAAACCUGAAGGACUCUGCCUCCAUCAGGAUGGCUAUCUACCAGGAUUGGCUCAGUAAGAAGACUGACAACUUAUCCAAAGAGAAAAUCAAGAAGAAACUUUCUGAGAGACAGCAACAACAACAAAAGGAGAAGGAGGAACUUGAGAGGAAGAAGGAUGCUGAGCAGACCUUCAGGUCCUGGAAGGAGCAGAAAGAUGCUCAUCUGAAGAACAAGCAGAGACAGAAGAGGAAGGAGGAGAAGGAAAAGAAAGAGAAGGAAGAAGAGGAGCAAGUUAAGAAACUGCAGGCCAAAAAGAUGUUUGAGAGCUGGAAGUCCAACAAGGACGAGUACCUGCAGAAGAAGUGGAGGGAUGCGAAACGGGAGGAGGAGGAGAAAAAACGGGAGGAGAAAAGGAAGCAGAAGGAGAAGCUAGAGGAAAGCAAGAAGCUGUUUGAGUCUUGGUCCAAGCGUAAGGAGGAGACCAUCAAAGCCUCGGAAGCGGAGAAGAGAAGACAGGCCCGGGAGGAGAGGAGGAGGAAGCAGAGGGAGCAGGAAGAGCGGGAGAUGAGGUGCCAAGAUGAGUACGAGGAGUUCCUGGAUCGGAAGGAGAGACAGCGAAGGGAGGACCUACAGAGGAGCCGUGUGCGCUCCAUGGAGAACCUGAGCCAGAAGGCAUGGAGCCCAGCCAGUAGGACUAUACCUGUGGGGAGGUGAUCCUUCAGGGUCGGCUGUCAAUCACAAUUAGCAGUUCAACCAAUCAUAGCACAGCAAUAGAGCCCAACCAGUAGGA